CAUUGGGGGGAGAAGCUCCUAGAUCUCUGGCCAACCGCGCGGCGGUCCCCAUGUGCUGCUGGACGGGGGCGCAUAUGUGUGAUACAGUGCUCACAGACAACAUGUACGCAGGUGGCUAUGCAAGACGGGAUGUCCCAGGCGGGCUUGCCGACAGCAACUUACCUACACACAUACACACAUACACACAUACACACAUACACACAUACACACAUACACACAUACACACAUACACACAUACACACAUACACACAUACACACAUACACACAUACACACAUACACAUACACACAUACACACAUACCUAUGUACGUACGUAGUCGUGGAGCUUCAUAUCGCCGCAAGCCGCCUUUCGGAUGGCUUGGGAUCGGGCGCUUGGGAUCGAGCGCCAGUCGGACUUCGUAGCAAGGAGAGUGAUUUGCUCCUCUCCCCCUUGAACCGGUUCUCCAGUACGGUCCAACACGGCACCGAUUCAACAAUCUAGGCAAUCUAGUCACAGGGGGGAGGGGGCCGCUGGUUGGGCGUCAAUAGACUGACUACCUAUCUCAAGGGUCGUAGUCUGUCUCUCUGUCUCUCAUGCCAGGCGGUAGGCUCAGGCGAGGGAAAUCGGCGGUGAGAUG